GCGCCCGCCGCCGCGGAGGCGUCGGCCGUGGAGGGCGUGGCCACCGAGGCGCGCGCCGCCACGGAGGACGCCCGCGAGGCGGCCGCUGCUGACGGCUCCGGAGGUGCCACCGCCAACGCCUCGGGGAACGCCUCGGAGGUGCAGGCCGAAGAGAACCAGAGCAGGGCCAACCUGUCCACGUACUUCGACCCCAAGCUGAUGGCCAUCUUCCGUGAGAAGCAGGCGCACCUGAAGGAGACGAUGAAGGAUUUCAUGGUGUCGAAGAAGGAGCUGGACGUGGCCAAGCUGGCCGCGAACCUGGCGAUGAAGAAGCUGAGGCUGGCGACCGAGAAGCGGAGGAAGAUCUUGAUGGGCGAGAGGAUGGCCGAGGCCGAGGAGCGUCGGGCGAUCAAGGAGAACCGGCGACAGGCCAAGACGGACAUGAUGGCGCGCGCGGAGCAUCUGCUGGAGGACUCUUUGGGUGGCCUGGCGGGCGUCAACAUGAGCUAUAUGGUAGACGUCGUCCUGGCCCUGCCGGAGGCGCUGCAGGACGAGGAGUUCGUGGAGGAUUUCCGCAACGUGACAAAGAGGGUGGAUGUGAAUGUCCGGAAGUUUCUGGACCAGACGCAGCAGAAGACCACCCAGUUCGUCAAAGACAGCACCUCCGCCUCCGACGUGGAGUUGCGCUUCAUCAUGGCGAAGUUCUUCCACGAGUCUGGCUUCCGCCUCCGAGGGCUCCAUCAGGACAGCCUGAAGGCCAUCCAGAUGCUCAGGCGCACGGUGCCGGAGGACUUGGAGAGGGCGCUCUUCCCGUUCCUCGGGCAGCUGAACGCCAACACGGUCCGCCUCAGGAUCAAUGCCACCAGCCUGGCCACCGCCACCCCGAAGGAGGCGUGCGACCAGAUCACCCAGAUCAUGGCCAACGUCAGCGAUUAUCGAAGACCAAGCUCGAGACUAUCGGCAAGGUGA